AUAUUCGUCACCAUUUAAAGUACGGAAACAUAAUAUCUGAAACUUUGCCGAAACAACAUGAAGCGAGAGUGAAGAAAUCAAUAUGUGUGUAUACAAACUAGUUUCAAAGAUAUUGGGUAUUGGAUUCUAUGACCUAAGUUCAAGGUUGCGCUGCCAGCUUUCAGGUGUUCGUAAAUUCGCAUGAUUCAACUUGAUUUUCAAUGUGGGUUAUAUACUAAUGAUGGAGUUCGAGAGACUAUCGGAAAAUAUAUCUGAACAGCUUGUUCAGAUGACGAAGUCGUUGCGGUCUUUCCGAGAUCGUUCACUCUUCACUGAUGUUAUAUUAUGUGCUGGUGAUGAAGAACUCCCUUGCCACAAGGCAGUACUAGCUGCUAGUUCAACAUAUUUCUUAGCCAUGUUUUCAUCACCAUAUAAAGAACAACAAACAUCUCGAGUUAAGUUAGAUUAUAUUUCUCCUUGGGCUCUUCGUCGUUUGCUUGAUUUUGCAUAUCUUGGUUGCUUAGAAAUUACAGAAGCCACUGUACAAGAUAUAUUUCUUGCUGCUAGUUUACUUGACUAUCCAAUAGCUAUCAAAUAUUGUGUUGAAUUCAUGAAGAGUCAUUUAGAUGUUACAAAUUGUUUAGGUAUCGAGGCAUUGGCUGAAAUGCACAAUAUUACUGAUUUAGCUCAAUCGUCUCAUAAAUUGGCGGUAGAAAAUUUCUCAAGCUUACUAAGAGAAUCUAACGAAUGGACCAGUUUGCCUAUUUCGACUGUCAUUUCAUAUAUCUCUUCAGAUGACUUGGAUGUACCUUCGGAACAAUUUGUAUGGGAUGCUUGUAUUAAUUGGGUCGACCAGUCUUCUGAAACACGAAUUGUCUACCUCCCUCAACUACUGUCACAUAUUCGUUUGAAAUAUUUGGAAAAAGAAAUGUUGGAAAUUCAAUUACAAGAAAAUCCUUUAAUUAUUGAAUGCAAAAUUGCUCAGAAUAUCAUCAGAUAUUUUCUUCACAACGCUUAUAACGGUGAUGAUAAUCCAUCAAUGUAUGUCAACAAUUUACCAGCUCGCCUAGCUACACUGAAACAUCCUACGUUAGUUGUUUUAGGUGGUCUCAAUACAUGCAUUUUAAAUUGUAUGCAGUCAUUUUCACCAUCUAGAACAGUAUGGCAUACUUGUCCUUCUAUGCCCGUGGAUAGUUUAGCGUGGUUCUCUGUGUCUGUCAUUGCAAAUACUCUAUUUGUUAUUGGUGGAAUUAAAGCCGGUACACUCAUGGAUUCAGUGUAUGCGUAUUCACCCGUUCGAUCUUCAUGGAGUCAACGCAAAUGUAUGCCGCAGGCGAGGGCUCGGCAUUUUUCUGUUUCUGUUGGUAGCCGGUACAUUUUUGUAUUCGGUGGUGUAACAAUGUCUAUAAGCUCUAAUCAUCGACAUCAUUCAUCAGAUCGUGUAAUUAUGAAUCAUUUACAAGAAACUAACCCUUCGUCAAACAGGCGGAAUUAUGUUUCCUCGCGAUUGUCAGCAUUCAACCCAGUAACUGAAUUAGAUAUUCCUACAUUGAAUUUUGAAAAAUCCAUCAUUCGAUAUGAUAUCUGUAGCGAUACAUGGCUUAAUGUAGGAGAAACGGAUAAUCCAAGACUAGAGUCACAUGUAGUCUUGAUUAAUGAAUCGAAUGAGAAUGCAAGUUUCAAUCUACAACCAUCUGAUGGAAUUCAUGAGACGGAUAGUGAACAAACUUCAUUACGUUCAGAUUUAUCAGAUAACACAUCAGUUUCAGAAAAUAAUAUUACCAACAACAGUAAUGGUACUAAUCAAACCAAUAAAACCCGUCGAAGAAAUAAUUCUAUGAAUGUAAAUUUUGAACGUGUUUUUGUUGAAAUCGGUGGAAUAACUGAAACACAACCACAUGGUACGGAUCAGGUUGCUUUUUAUCGUUUACGUCCUGAUUAUACAGUAUUUUGCACCGCGGAUUACAUAAAACUCCCACAACAAGUUCGCUAUGUGAACUGUUGUGUGCAUCAAAAUACCAACCUGGUGUAUAUAUUUUGGGAAUCAACAAGUGAAUUGUCAGUUUUGGAUCUUCGUCGUCACACACUACGCUCACUAGCUCCCUUGGUUUCUUCCUCCACUUCAUCUCCAAACGAAGCGCGGAUAUAUGCUGGGUUAUCGUGGGUCGGAGAGCAUUUAUAUGUGGUUGGAGGAUUUAGUGAGUUUGUUGGUGAUGAUCGACGUCCUACUGUUCCACGAGAUGAUGUCCACUGUUAUGAUCCGACGACGAACACAUGGUCCUGCAUUAAAGUUCUAAAUACAACAGUCCCUCGAGCUAUCUUCGGUUGUGUUUGUCUCAAUAUGUGAUACACCAAUAUUAGGGUUGUACGAACUUCCAUAUCCUAUAUAUAUAUCAUAACAAGAAAUAUGUUUAUUUGUAUACCUAUUACUAUUUUAAUGUGAUACUUCCUAAUCGUAGGACCUAAAUAUAAGGAUAUUUUCUGUUCACUUAUUUUCAUCUGUGAUUUUUCUUCCUUUGAAUUUUAACUGUGUCCAUAAUGCGACGACAUAUAUUUGCUCUUUAACUUGCCAAAUUAUUUCCUCAUUUUAAUUGUCCCGCUGGUUCGGGUCGCACAUUUCUUCUAUGAGAUAUCACUUAGGUAUUAUAAUCAUCAGAGUGUUAUCCAUAAAAAUGCAUUUAUACUGUUGUCAAGUUAAUUUCGUU